AUGUUUGAAGAGAAUGAAUAAACAAAUUUAGUAUAAAUUUUAGAAGGUAAAUAAGCGAAAAACAUAAGUGGAUAUAGUUAAGAAUUAACAUAAGUAAGUAAUUAAAUGAUGUUAAAGCAAAAAAGAAAGAUUUUGGAAGAUUUUAAGGGAUUGAAUGUGUAUGAUGAUAAAGGUUUAUUGAGGAGUGAUUGUAGAAUAAAGAAGUAUGUGGAUGGAAGUCGUUAUGAAGGAUAAUUAGUGGGAGAAAAGAGGAUAGGUUUUUGAAUAAAUAAUAUUAGAUAAGG